AUGUCGGUUUUGAGGGUGCCUAUCACGGAUUGCAGCAUCUCCACAGUCAGUGUUUCCGUGGGGCCGGCAUUGGCAGCGUUCGGUGGCGGGGGUGAGUCGGGAGAAGUUGCAGGCUUGUUGCGGCCUGCUCUUGCAGACUCUGUUUUUGGCCGGGUUGAUGUCAUUACGAAUUUAAAUUUAUUAAACUUGAACUGAGUUGUUUAUGGGUCUCUUCAGACGCCUGGGCAAACAGAAAUGUAUGCAAUUUUGCAAAGUUAAAUAUAUAAAUUUGGUCACUAACUCAGGAGCGAUAGGGAGACGCGUGCUACAUCCUUGGCUUCCAACAGCGCCCCCCCCAAAAGUGAUAGCUUUUGAUAAAAAAUGCUUUAUCUGCCAAUGAAGUAGUUAGAAAUUUAAACAUUUUAUUUUGUUCACUUGCUUCAUAAACAGGUGUAGACUAAGAGUGAAAUGCUUACUGACGUUCCCUUCCCAACAAUGGAGAGAGAAAAAUAAUAGAAAGAUAAUAACAGAAGGAAUAAAUAAACAAUGAGUAACGAUAAGUUGGCUAUAUACACUGAGUACUAGUACCGAGUCGAUGUGCAGGGGUACGAGGCAAUUGAGGUAGAUGUGCACAUGUAGGUACUGGGCCGUACGCACUACCCUCUGUUGUGUUGCCUGCAAACUUGAUGAUUGAAUUGGAGGCGUGCAUGGCCACGCAGUCAUGGGUGAACAGGGAGUACAGGAGGGGGCUGAGCACGCACCCUUGUGGGGCCCCUGUGUUGAGGAUCAGCGUAGAGGUGUUGUUUCCUACCUUCAUCACCUGGGAGCGGCCCAUCAGGAAGUCCAGGACCCAGUUGCACAGGGCGGGGUUCAGACCCAGGGCCCCGAGCUUAAUGAUGAGCUUGGAGGGUACUAUGGUUUUGAAGGUUGAGCUAUAGUCAAUGAACCGCAUUCUUACAUAGGUAUUCCUCUUGUCCAGAUGGGAUAAGGCAAUGUGCAUUGCGAUGACGAUUGCAUCGUCUGUGGAUCUUUUGGGGCGGUAUGCAAAUUGUAGUGGGUCUAGGGUGUCAGGUAAGGUGCAGGUGAUGUGAUAUGAUCCUUAACUAGCCUCUCAAAGCACUUCAUGAUGACAGAGGUGAGUGCUACGGGGCGAUAGUCAUUUACCUUAGUUCAGUUACCUUUGCUUUCUUGGGUACAGGAACAAUGGUGGACAUCUUGAAGCAAGUGGGGGCAGCAGACUGGGAUAGAGAGAGAUUGAAUAUGUUCGUAAACACUGCAGCCAGCUGGUCUGCGCAUGCUCUGAGGACGCGGCUAGGAAUGCCGUCUGGGCCGGCAGCCUCGCAAGGGUCAACACGCUUAAGUGUCUUACAUCGGCCACGGAAAACGAGAGCCCACAGUCCUUGGGAGCGGGCCGCGUUGGUGACACUGUUUUAUCCUCAAAGCGGGCGAAGAAGGCGUUUAGCUUGUCCGGGAGCAAGACGUCAGUGUCCUCAACGUGGCUGGUUUUCCCUUUGAAAUGCGUGAUUGUCUGUAGACCCUGCCAGAUAUGUCUCGUGUCUGAGCCGUUGAAUUGCAACUACACUGUCUCUGUACUGACGUUUUGCCUGUUUCAUUGCUUUACGGAGGGAAUAACUACACUGUUUGUAUUCUGCCAUAUUCCCAGUCACCUUGCCGUGGUUAGAUGCGGUGAUUCACACUUUCUGUUUUGUGCGAAUGCUGCCGUCUAUCCACGGCUUUUGGUUUGGGUAGGUUUUAAGUCAUUUAGCAGACGCUUUUAUCCAGAGCGACAUACAGUUAGUGCAUACAUUAUUUUUUUCAUACCCCCUGUGGGAAUCGAACCCACAACCCUAUCAACUGAGCUACAUCCCUGCCGGCCAUUCCCUCCCCUACCCUGGACGACGCUGGGCCAAUUGCGCGCCGCCCCAUGGGUCUCCCGGUCGCGGCCGGCUACGACAGAGCCUGGAUUCGAACCAGGAUCUCUAGUGGCACAGCUAGCACUGCGAUGCAGUGCCUUAGACCACUGCGCCACUCGGGAGACUCAGUCACAGUGGAAACAACUCCUAUACACUUCCUGAUGAACUCAGUCACCGUGUCUGUGUAUACGUCAAUUAUAUACUCAGAGGCAACCCGGAACAUAUCCCAGUCCGCAUGAUCAAAACAAUCUUGAAGCGUGGAUUCCGAUUGGUCAGACCAGUGUUGAAUAGACCUUAGCACGGGUACUUCCUGCUUGAGUUUCUGCCUAUAGGAGCAGAAUGAUCUGAUUUGUUGUGAUCUGAUUUCAGUCAUGAUCUGAUUUGACAAAGAUGGUGUUGGAGUCGUGCACAGCCACGCAGUCGUGGGUGAACAGGGAGUACAGGAGGGGACUAAGGAUGCACCCCUGAGGGGCCCCUGUGUUGAAGGCCAGCAUGGCGGAUGUGUUGUUGCCUGCCCUCACCACCUGGGGGCGGGCCGUCAGGAAGUCCAGGAUCCAGAAUAACAGUCUCAGAAAGUCCAGGUGGGAGAGGGCAGUGUGGAGUGCAAUAGAGAUUGCGUCAUCAGUUGGUGCGUCAUCAGUUGGGGCGUUAUGCGAAUUCGGAGUGGGUCCUGGGUGCCUGGGAUCAUGGUGUUGAUGUGAGCCUUGACCAGCCUUUCAAAGCAUUUCAUGGCUACAGAUGUGAGUGCUACGGGGCGAUAGUCAGGUAGACAGAUUACCUUGGCGUUCUUGGGCACAGGGAUUAUGGUGUUCUCCUUGAAACAUGUAGGUAUUACAGACAGGGUCAGGGAGAGAUUGAAAAUGUAAUUGAAGACACUUUGCAGCUGAUCAGCACAUGCUCGAAGUAUGCGUUCUGGUAAUCCAUCUGGCCCCGCGGCCUUGUGAAUGUUAACCUGUUUAAAGCUCUUAUUGACAUUGUUAAGGAGCACGAGAUCACACAGUCGUCCGGAAGAGCUGGUGCUCUCAUGCAUUGUUCAGUGUUGCUUGCCUCGAAGCGAGCACAGAAGGCACUUAGCUCGUCUGGUAGGCUUGUGUCACUGGGCAGCUCGCGGCUGGGUUUCCCUUUGUAAACCGUGAUAGUUUGCAAGCCCUGCUACAUCCAUCAAGCGUCAGAGCCGGUUUAGCUCUUAGUGCUGUAUUGAUGCUUUGCCUGUUGAUGGCUCGUCAGAGGUCGUGGCGGGAUUCUUAUAAGUGUCCGGAUUAGUGUCCCGCUCCUUGAAAGCGCCAGCUCUGGCCUUUAGCUCAGUGCGGAUGUUGCCUGUAAUCCAAAACUUCUUGGGAAAUGUACGUACGGUCAUUGUGGGGACGACGUUGUCGAUGCACUUAUUAAUGAAGCCGGUGACUGAUGUGGUAAACUCCUCAAUGUUAUUGGAUGAAUCCCGGAACAUAUUCCAGUCUGUGCUUGCGAAACAGUCCUGUAGCUUAGCAUCCGCUUCAUCGGACCACUUCUGUAUUGAGCGCGUCACUGGUACUUCCUGUUUUGAGUUUUUGCUUGUAAGCAGGGACCAGGAGGAAAGAGUUAUGGUCGGAUUUGCCAUAGGGAGGGCGAGGGAGAAUCCUAGUAGGAGUUUCUGUGUGUGGAGUAAAUGUUGUAUCUUCUGUGACGAUGCACCAUGCUGCCUUGUUGACAACAUGACCUGCGCAGAUCACUGUUCGAUUUGAGAAGGGCCCUCCUCCCUCACCGCUUUUGCCCAUUUACAUCAUGCACCAUAGACCGGUGCCCUGCGACUCAGCAUAAUCGAAUCCGCCCACUCAUACAGCUAGAGCAUCCGUGUGGCAAGAUAUUAGGCGAUAUCUAGGCUAAUCAAUGGAAGAUGGAAUUAAAAUGACAGAUGUAAAAGUUAAAUGAGAAGGACAGGUUACAACACCAAGAGCCAACAGGUAGGCUGCUAUUGAAUAUUCUGUAUGGAGUUGUUGUUUGCUGUAGGACUCGGAAAGGGAGAAAGCGCACAGUUCAAGUUAUGUAGUCUCAAUUAGCCAUGUUAACGCUACACCCUGCUUUCAUUUCUCCUUGAAAUGAUACAAUGUGAUGUGUGCUGGUGAGACAACAAGCUCCCCUGUAGUGACUCGCAGGUCUGUUUUAGUGGCCUGUUCAUGUGGAGAUUUGACUUAAAGCUGAUCUUGUUUUUGAUGUUCUACAGGUAGGUCUUGAAUGUGUCCAUGAUGACCAAGACUCCUCCCAACAGAAGAGGGAUCUAUUUUAAGGUGGGAGCACAGCUGGAGGCUCGCGACAGCCUGAAGAACUGGUCAGUGUCAACUCUUUUAAUCUGAUAACUGUCUAACAGACCUGGUCCCGCUUUCCCAAAAGCAUCUUAAGGUUAAGAUCGUCUUAGAACCAUAGUAUCAUGUGGUUAUAACGAUUAACUUAUUAGCCUUGAGAUGCUUUCGGGAAACCAGGCCUAGGUUUCUAAUGUUCAGUUCCUGCCCAUAUCUACCACUAGAAUAUCUUGUCAUGUGAUCGCUCUCUCUCCACUGCUCAGGUGCCAGGCCAACAUAGAGAAGAUUGAAUAUGAGGACCAGAAGGUUCUGAUCCACUACUGUCAGUGGAGCCACCGCUAUGACGAGUGGUUUGGCUGGACCAGCCCCUACCUGAGACCCCUGGAGCGGAUCCAGCUGAGGAGAGAGGGUCUGCAGGACAACCGGCCCGGGCCCGACAACCGGCCCAGGCCUACACCGGUGAGGGACGGAGACUAGAACUCACACUCAGUCGACUUUCUGCCCGACUACUUUGCAGACACCUGCUAGAUCUCAAAACGCAUGAAUAAGUGUUUAACCUUCAGCUAACCACAUCAUAUGUUAUAGCAUAUCUGAUGACCGACUGAACAGUCGAUGACGCAACCAUUGGUUGAUGCAGUGCAACGCCUGUGCAUCUAAUCGGGCAGGAACUCAACCAUAAUGUUACCCUAGACGAGAUCCAGCCAUAAACGCAGAAGGCCUAUGAUUAAACUGAUUAGACGACAACAACCACGUACAGAACGUAUCAUUACACCUCCUCAAAGUCCUGUUGAACUCAAUGACAGUGAAUCUCAGAUUGGUGUUUAUCAGUGAUUAACUUUCCUCUACCUUGCAGGUGUUUCGGGUGAAUGAGAAAGUCUUAGCCUGUUGGGUAGACUGUCGCUACUAUCCUGCUAAGGUCCUGGAAGAGAUGGUGGGUACUACACUUACACUGGACAGAAUGAAUUGUGUUCAAUCAUAAGUGCAUGCCAUUCUAGUUACAUCAGGGGUUUUUCUGGAUCAAAAAGAGGCUUAGGUGGUGGGCGUGGCUAGGGGCGUGGCAGGGGUGUGGCCCCCAUCUUGGUGGGUUUUUUAAUAGCAUUUUUAAGUCAAUUUCCUGCAAUUCUCAGAAUUUCUCCAUGGAGCUGAGAUACAUUUUUGUAGGUUUAAAGUUAAUUUCCUGCAAUUCCACACAUUUUGCCAUUGAGCUGAGAGAACAUUUUGCAGUUGUAAAGUUAAUUUCCAGGGAUUCUACAUAUUCUGCCAUGUAGCUGAGAGAACAUGUUGCAGUUUUAAAGAUAAUUUCCUGCAAUUCUAUGCAUUUUGCCAUAGCUAAUCCUGUGUUAUUUUGCUCAAACUUAAUAACAAAAUCAAUACUGUUCAAUUAAUUGUUUUUCAAUUCCUCUCACUGUUUAGCUUUUCUUUUGGUGAUUGUAAAUUCUCAAUGAUUAUAUUAUUAAAAAAUAUAUAGCACCAUUAUCUUUUCUACAUACUUUAUAUUUGGGUUUAGUCAUUUAAGUUCACACUGAAAGCGUUUUUCCAUCCUGAAAAUUAAAAACAAAUUUAAUUUAAUAAAAAUAUAUUUUCUUUACAGUUUGGACUGUUCGGCCCACCCAAGGGUUUCUAUGGCAGAAAAAUCCCUGUACAUUGGAUAAAUAUUCUGACCUUGUCUGUUUUUUUUCUCUCUUUAGCUUCCUAUACUGUGAAGUUUUUCGAUGGAGUAGUCAAGACCGUUAAGCCAACCAAAGUAAAGCCAUAUAAGCUAGAGGUGAGAGCUCCAUAUGUCUGUUGGUUCACAGUAGUGUGAGAAGAUGGUUGAUCGGGUUACCUUAAUGUUUUAUGUGUGUCUUGUGUGAUUUAGAAUGUGAAGGCCAGGGAGAGAGACAUAACUCAAACUGAGCAGAGCAAUGGGAAAGAUGAAGCCAAGGUGAACGGGAAAGCCGAGAGUGACAAAUCCAAAAAAGGCUCUUCAGACCUGGCCGGAUAGAGAGGGAAGGAGAGGAAGAAGAGAGUAGGAAAGAUGAAGAGGAGAAAACGCUGAAUGGCAACGUUGAGACCAGUGGACAGAAUGGGAACCUGAACGGCGAGGAGGGGGAGACGGGGGCAGGAGAACGAGGCCAGGAAGGUGUUGGGGAACAGACUGAAGAGCCACAAGCCAAGGAAGAUGGGCAGGUUGUCCAAACUGAAAGGGAAGAUGGGCAGGUUGUCCAAACUAAAAGGGAAGAUGGUUAGGUUGUCCAAACUAAAAGGGAAGAUGGGCAGGUUGUCCAAACUAAAAGGGAAGAUGGGCAGGUUGUCCAAACUAAAAGGGAAGAUGGGCAGGUUGUCCAAACUAAAAGGGAAGAUGGGCAGGUUGUCCAAACUGAAAGGGAAGAUGGGCAGGUUGUCCAAACUAAAAGGGAAGAUGGGCAGGUUGUCCAAACUAAAAGGGAAGAUGGGCAGGUUGUCCAAACUAAAAGGGAAGAUGGGCAGGUUGUCCAAACUAAAAGGGAAGAUGGGCAGGUUGUCCAAACUAAAAGGGAAGAUGGGCAGGUUGUCCAAACUGAAAGGGAAGAUGGGCAGGUUGUCCAAACUAAAAGGGAAGAUGGGCAGGUUGUCCAAACUAAAAGGGAUGAUGUGAAUGUAGGUGGGGAGCGUGUGAUGAGCAGGAACCAAAAGCAGGAGGAGAAAAAAGAGGAUGUAUCUGGACAGAGUUCCCAGGUGCCCAGGAGGAACCGCUACCGACCUUCUGAAGGUAUGUAGGUUAGUGUAACGCCUCGAUCACACCGAUAGCGUCAUUGCAUUUUGGUACACCUGAAGUACAUUUAUUUCCAAUGGAACACUGCGUUUGCCUUGCAGCAUUGCGUUGCAGAGGCAGUUGCAGUGCGUUCUGUGUGGCGCAUACGUUGGAUUUAUCGAACGUAUGUGUCAAACUGUAUGCCUAGACUGCUUGUCAGAAAUGGUAGCAGAAGGUAAAUGUUGAACUUUUGAUGCUGCGUACCAUUUUGCGCAAUGACGCUGUCAAUGUGAUCGAGGCGUAAGGCUUUGACAAUGGAACAAUAGAAAACAGCUGCAACUGCAGAAUCAUCAGAUUGAAAUGGAACGUGUCCCAUGGCAGUGCUCAUGUUCUAACAGGGGGGGAAAAAGAUGGAAGCUUGGCUUCUGGCUUGGCUUGGUGAAUUGAAUCGUGGCUUAGAGCAUGUUAGGACAGGUUCUGUAGCUUGAUAGUUAAGUGGAAGAAGUCGAAGGGAAAAUAUGUCUCAGUCACACUGAACCUUCGCUUCUUUUUGUUUACAGAAAGUCAACGUGAACUGAGAAAAAGGAGGGCGUCUCUUGGACAGAUGCCACCGCCAAAGAGGAAAAGGCCAGACACACGAAAGGUCUGUAGAUAUAUUUGUUUGAUUAGUCACAUGCACAGGGUCGCAGAUGUAUUUGCAGGAUACAGUGAAAUUCUUACGCUCCGAGCUCCGACAGUGCAGGUCAAAGAGAAGUGAAUGGAACAAUAUAUAUACACUGCUCAAAAAAAUAAAGGGAACACUUAAACAACACAUCAUAGAUCUGAAUGAAUGAAAUAAUCUUAUGAAAUACUUUUUUCUUUACAUAGUUGAAUGUGCUGACAACAAAAUUACACAAAAAUGAUCAAUGGUAAUCAAAUUUAUCAAGCCAUGGAGGUCUGGAUUUGGAGUCACCUUCAAAAUUAAAGUGGAAAACCACACUACAGGCUGAUCCAACUUUGAUGUAAUGUCCUUAAAACAAGUCAAAAUGAGGCUCAGUAGUGUGUGUGGCCUCCACGUGCCUGUAUGACCUCCCUACAACGCCUGGGCAUGCUCCUGAUGAGGUGGCGGAUGGUCUCUUGAGGGAUCUCCUCCCAGAGCUGGACUAAAGCAUCCGCCAACUCCUGGACAGUCUGUGGUGCAACGUGGCGUUGGUGGAUGGAGCGAUGUCCCAGAUGUGCUCAAUAGAAUUCAGGUCUGGGGAACGGGCAGGCCAGUCCAUAGCAUCAAUGCCUUCCUCUUGCAGGAACUGCUGACACACUCCAGCCACAUGAGGUCUAGCAUUGUCUUGCAUUAGGAGGAACCCAGGGCCAACCGCACCAGCAUAUGGUCUCACAAGGGAUCUGAGGAUCUCAUCUCGGUACCUAAUGACAGUCAGGCAACCUCUGGCAAGCACAUGGAGGCUGUGCGGCCCCCCAAAGAAAUGCCACCCCACACCAUGACUGACCCACCAGCCAAACCGGUCAUGCUGGAGGAUGUUGCAGGCAGCAGAACGUUCUCCACGGCGUCUCCAGACUCACAUGUCACAUGUGCUCAGUGUGAACCUGCUUUCAUCUGUGAAGAGCACAGAGCGCGAGUGGUGAAUUUGCCAAUCUUGGUGUUCUCUGGCAAAUGCCAAACGUCCUGCACGGUGUUGGGCUGUAAGCACAACCCCCACCUGUGGACGUCGGGCCCUCAUACCACCCUCAUGGAGUCUGUUUCUGACCGUUUGAGCAGACACAUGCACAUUUGUGGCCUGCUGGAGGUCAUUUUGCAGGGCUCUGGCAGUGCUCCUCCUGCUCCUCCUUGCACAAAGGCGGAGGUAGCAGUCCUGCUGCUGGGUUGUUGCCCUCCUACGGCCUCCUCCACGUCUCCUGAUGUACUGGCCUGUCUCCUGGUAGCGCCUCCAUGCUCUGGACACUACGCUGACAGACACAGCAAACCUUCUUGCCACAGCUCGCAUUGAUGUGCCAUCCUGGAUGAGCUGCACUACCUGAGCCACUUGUGUGGGUUGUAGACCUACCACUAGAGUGAAAGCACCGCCAGCAUUCAAAAGUGACCAAAACACUGAGAAGUGGUCUGUGGUCACCACCUGCAGAACCACUCCUUUAUUGGGGGUGUCUUGCUAAUUGCCUAUAAUUUCCACCUGUUGUCUAUUCCAUUUGCACAACAGCAUGUGAAAUUUAUUGUCAAUCAGUGUUGCUUCCUAAGUGGACAGUUUGAUUUCACAGAAGUGUGAUUGACUUGGAGUUACAUUGUGCUGUUUAAGUGUUCCCUUUAUUUUUUUGAGCAGUGUAUAUACAUAUUUUCAACUGUAACAAUGAUACAUGUCCAAUGGGGGGGUAUAAUGUCUGGGGUGGGGGGGCUUGCUGACUGUUAAUGACAUUGAAAGCUCUGUUUUUUCUUUGUUUAUAACUCCUCCUCCUCUGCCUUCCCUCCUCCUCCUCCUCUGCCUUCCCCUCCUCCUCCUACUCCUCUCUGCUUUCCCUCCUCUGCUGCCUUCCCUCCUCCUCUGCCUUCCCUCCUCCUCCUCCUCUAUGCCUUCCCUCCUCCUCCUCCUCUCUGCCUUCCCUCCUCCUCCUCCUCCUCUCUGCCUUCCAUUCUCCUCCUCCUCUCUGCCUUCCCUUCUUCUCCUCCUCCUCUGCUUUCCCUUCUCCUUCUCUGCCUUCCCUUCUCCUCCUCCUCCUCCUCCUCUCUGCCUUCCCUUCUCCUCCUCCUCUGCCUUCCCUUUCUCCUUCUCCUCCUCUGCCUUCCCUCCUCCUCCUCCUCUAUGCCUUCCCCCCUCCUCUCCUCUCUGCCUCCCUUCUCCUUCUCUCCUCCUCGGUCCUUCGCCUCCUCCUCUCCUCCUCCUCCUCCUCUCCUUCCCUUCUCCGUUCUCCUCUCCUUCGUCUUCUUCCUCCUCCUCUCCUCCCUCUCCUCCUCCUCCUCCUCGGCCUCCCCUUCUCCUCCUCUGCUUCCCUCCUCCUCCUCCCUCUCCCCUUCCUCUCCCCCUCCUCCUCCUUCGCUCCUCCUCCUCCUCCUCCUCCUCUGCCUUCCCUCCUCCUCUCCCUGCCUUCCCUUCUCCUCCUCCUCUCCCCUCUCCUCUGCCUUCCCUCCUCCUCCUCCUCUGCCUUCCCUCUCCUCCUCCUCCUCCUCUUCCUUCCCUUCUCCUCCUCCUCCUCCUCUGCCUUCCCUUCUCCUCCUCCUCCUCCUCUGCCUUCCCUUCUCCCCCUCCUCUCUGCCUUUCCUUCUCCAGACAGAAGCAACCGAUCCCAGUCUCAGAAGCAGGUUGAUUCAGAUUCCGUCACAGCGUCCCAAGCAUUAACCCCAGACCAGACAAGCACAGAGGCCAGCAUCGAAGCCCAAUCAGAGAUGGGUAAAUGAGAUGGAGAUGCUCAUAAAUCAAAGACAAUAAGAGUUUUCUUAAAUCUCCAGGUUUUCAGGAGACUUCAUGAGCUGUCCUAUCAUCUGGAUCUAUUUGAAUACUGAGUCCUGAUGUUACAUUGAGAUGUGAGAUAACACUUCUUCUGGAAUCUGUCACCUCUGUGCCAAAAAAGCUACAGUUGAUCUUUUGUAUAUCUCUAUACAGAAGCAAUACUGAAACGCCAAGUCCACCUGCCUACCACCCACAAGUACAGCAGAGAGCCAUGUGAGCGCGCGCGCACACACACACACACACACACACACAGUUCAAUUUAAUGACAUGUUGUUCCUUGUAUCUCUAUCUUAGUGUAUCGAGUCAUCAAAAACCAGCCGCCCCAAAUCCUCUCCAUUGAACUGGACCACAACCCCUUCAAGUGCAAGGCUCCUGGCUGUCUGAAGUCCUUCCGGAAGGCCUCUCUCCUGCACUACCAUGUCAAGUACUACCAUGCAGACAGCGAGCACGCCUCUGUCCGCAGCAUGCAGACCCGGGCAUCAGAGAAGCAGGCUGGCUCCCAGGAGACGCCCAGGAGGAGACGCACCAUGUCAGGCUCUAUACGUGAGUAGUAGCACUCUGCCCCAUGGAUCAACAAACCUGAGCUACACCAAACCUCACUGUUACAUUAUUAACUGGACAGCCUGUGCUGAAUAUCCAUGCAUGGACAAUAAAUCAAUCAAAUUUGAACUAAAUCUCCUCUUCUGUGCACUGCUCCACUGUACUAUAGACUCACCCCUGGAUGACAGACAGGCUGCCAAAGGAGUUAACCGUCAUCGUCGGAGAUCACUGAGUGAGAGAAGGAAGGAGAACCAGCAUACCAACAGCGGAUCCCAUGAUGAAAGAGAAUGGGGCGCCAGUGAAACAGGUGAGGGACAUUUUACACACAUUUCACCAUCGUUCUUGACUGAGAAUAUCAACUUGGGUCUUGAAGUCCUUUUUACACUGAGUAUACAAAACAUUAAGAACACCUGCUCUUUCCAUGACAUAGACUGACCAGGUGAAGCUAUGAUCCCUUAUUGAUGUCACUUGAUAAAUACACUUCAAUCAGUGUAGAUGAAGGGGAAGAGACAGGUUAAAUAAGUAUUUUUAAGCCUUGAAACAAUUGAGACAUGGAUUGUGUAUGUGUGGCAUUGAGGGUGAAUGGACAAGACAAAAGAUUGAAGUGCCUUUGAACGGGGUAUGGUACUAGGUGCAAGGCGUACCGGUUUAUGUCAAGAACUAACUUUUUAGAAACGAUACGAAACCAGGCCAAGUAUCACGAUACUGAGUAGUAUCGCGAUACCACAGUGUGAAAAAAUCAGUGGCAUAGCAUCCUGUUCGCCCCGUCCCCCAGACGCUUGUACAAGUUUUCUAAACGUUCUCCAGAAACCUGUCACUGAAAUUCACACUUCUACUCAAAACAACACAUUGAAUUUAACUUCACACUGUUCAGUGUAUAAUAUAAUACUGUAUAGAAUGGCUGUUUUGCUCAUAUUUGCAAAGGCCUACCUGUGCUUUGACAGGAGGAAUGGGAGUAAGGAAUAUAAAUGCAUAAUGACCUGCAUGUCCUUGUGUCAGUAAGGGGAAAACACUGCAUGAAACCAUCUUUACUCUUCAGUUAACACAGACACACUCCCCGCUUCCUCACACACUCUCUCUCUCUCUCUCCCUCACUCUCAUAAACACACACACCACUCUCUCUCUCCCACAAACACACACACACACACACACACACACACACACACACACACACACACACACACACACUGCUCCCAACUUUGAAAACGUUAGGCACCAAACAGAAUGUAAGGAGCAGCAGAAAGAGAGAGAUGUUUGAUCUAGUUUAGUCUUCCAUUAGGCCUACAUGAAUCCUACUUUUGAAGCACAUCUCAAGAGUAGCAGACCCUUUUCCUUUCUUCCUGGGCCAAUCAGAUGUGCCUAAACCUACUGUCCAGUUACCAGGUGGUUAGCUAGCUAGGUAACAUGACUGAACUAUGUUGUUUGUUAUCAAACCAAUAAUUAGCGACCCGGGAUUAGUUUAAAAUGGCCCGUGACAUGGUUUGUGAAAUUAUAUAAAAUGUGUAUCCCAAUAGAAAGAAGAAAAGUAAUCUCUGGUAAUAUGGCUCAUAGAGACGAGCCGUUUUCUUUGCUGUAAAGCAAACCAUGCCUGUCGCGAAGCGGUGCUCAAUGUUCCCUCUCUGACACUGAGGCUGCAUGACCGUGAACCUGCAAUGUCUACUCAGACUGGUCCGUGCUCUUGGUUAUAACAGGCGAUGAAAUGAUACAGUCUAUCAACAUUGCUGGCUUUACGCGCUGCUCCAAUGUAACAAAUGUACAAAUCUAACAACAGAAGACUCAUCAGGGUCUGGGUCUGCAUCCCCGCUCUCCAUCUUGGCUAAAUUCUAUAUAAAACUAACUGACGGAGGAAUAGACGCACGAAGAGCGGACAGAGAGAAGCAGGUGAGUGAGGGCUGAUUACAGCUGCCACACGUGAUAUGCACGUGAAAGUGAAGUGGAUAUUAUUGGACCUGUGCAUACAAGAGACUAGUGGCUGUUGCUUAAAUUCAACUUCAUUUAAAAACAAAACUGACUUUAUAAACAUUUUAUAACAGGCGACAGCAGGUUCUUUAGAUUGGUAGGGCUGAAAAAGUCUGUAUCAAGAAUAGUCCACCACCCAAAGGACAUCCAGUCGACUUAACACAACUGUGGGAAGCAUUGGGGUCAACAUGGGCCAGCAUCCCUGUGGAACGCUUUUGACAUCUUGUACAGCCCAUGCGCCGACGAAUUGAGGCUGUUCUGAAGGCAAAAGGAGGGGGGUGCAACCCAAUAUGAAGGUGUUCCUAAUGUUUUGUACACUCAGUGUAUGUUGCUGCUUUGCUUUACUUAAUCCAGGGGAAAAGAUGAACGAGAAGACAGAAAGAGAAGACAGAAAGAGAAGACAGAAAGAGAAGACAGAAAGAAACUACCUCCUCGAUAAACAGAAGAAGAGGUCCAAGUCAGGUAAGAUGUUGUUUAUUGACAGAAUGAGUGUCUGUAGCUCUGCAUCUCUGUCUGCCUUUAUCAGUUGACAACACAUCUUCAAUGGAACCUGACAGUUUAUUUGCCAAAGUCUAUUCGUAUGCAUUUAGAAGGCAGCCCAAAUUCGAACAAGGAAAAACUAUUUUGAAUGUAAUGCUCAGUUAAUGUUCCAGAUUCUUCGUUAUUCCACAUUUGCUUUUUUUUGUCAUUUAGCAGAUGCUCUUAUCCAGAGUGACUUACAGUAGUGAGUGCAUACAUUUUCAUAGCUUUGAAUGUUCUGAUACCAUUCUCAAACCUGCAUGUGCUCCCCCCCCCCCCCCCCCCCAGAGAAUACAAAUACUGAGGAGAACAUGGGCAUCUCCUUAUUCAACACUCCUCAGUCCAAUCCUAAUUUGGCAUCCAAAUUCCCCAUCUCGCACAAACACAAGUUAUCUUACGACUCAAGCCCAGAACACAUCACAGACCAGGUGCAAGAGGAUGGUGGGUACCAAGACCUUACAUCGUCUUCCUCUUCUCAAUGCUCCUCCUUUUUUGGCUUUUGCUUAAUUCAGGUUAGCUGUCAGUCAUUCUCCUUCCUCUCCAGUCAGGCUUGUAAUGGUAUCUUCCAUGUUUUAGGGCAUUGGUGUGGUCUGUAAUAAUCAGCAAAUGUAAACAUCUUGUAAUAUGUCAAUCUGCAAAUACUUGGCAUGUGUUUUUGGUCGAGUUUUUGCCUGCUCAAAAACAGAAUUGUGUCGAUUUCAACUAAACAUUGUGUUCCCCUCGCCUCUCUGAAUAGAUGAGAGUGAUUGGUCCACAGUCAGCACUGAGUGGAGUGAUGAGGACAUGGAGGCGGAGCUGCAUGUUACCACUCCCGUGUCGGAACAGAAUGUAUCCAUGGUGACCGAGGGCUCUGACGUAGUGCGGUGCAUCUGUGAGGUGGAAGAGCAGAAUGAAUUCAUAUGAUUCAGGUGAGGCUCACCAAGAAUGAUGUUAGGCACUGUAGAACCUUUUAACACACUGUUCUGUUGCUUUUUCAUUUUUCAAGUUUGUAAGCCAUUGAAUACAGAAUGACUUAAUUUUUUACAAUGAUAUGUGACGUGACCAUGUCCUGUGCUCUCUCCUAGUGCGAUGAGUGUCUGAAUACGGCAGCAUAGCACCUGCAUGGGCCUCUUUGAGCACAAUGUGCCUGCCAUCUAUAGCUGCUACAUCUGCAGAAAUCCACCAGGUGAGGAUAGUGUGAACACUAACAUAUAUAUGAGAUCUCCCAUGGGUUUCUGUUCUUUACCAGGGUAUAAACCUGUAUACUAUCUGUUCUCUCAGCCCAGAGACCGAGCCAGCGCUACUGGUACGACAGGGAUUGGCUGAGCAGUGGUCACAUUGUAACGGUUUUGACUUGAGGUAUUUAUAGGGGUGCCAGGUAGGUUGGCCUACCAGAGAAAGCAUGGGUUUCUCCUUUUAGUUCGGGAGGGAAUGAGUCCCAUCUGGUCCGUCAAGUCACACCAAUACAAAGGACUUAUGUAAAAGUCAAGAUGGAAAUAUACUUUUCAUAAACCCCUUAAAACCUUGGAAAGAACUUCAAACAAGUGUAUUCUUUUGCUUGGUUGUAUUCACCACAUAAAUGAUCACACCCACCCACACACAACAAUAUAACAAAUCAAUGCACUUAUGUUCAUUUAGAAAUGUCCUGUACCUCGGGCAUAAAAAGAGUCCAGCCCGGUAAAUAAGUUCCGUGGCUCAAGUGCCCUUAGUCCCGCAACGCUUGUCCGUAGCAUAAACCCAGUAUAUUCAUACACUCAAAAUAACACUUAUUUUGUAACACAACUAUAAAGCGUAUCAAAGACUACCCAAAGAAUAAUACGUCCUCACAACUACAUAAAUCACAGUAUACAUCACCCCAAACAAAUGAAAUACCGUAUACAAAAAGUUGUAGUCAGUCGGUCAGUCAGACAAUCCGCCAACAGCCCUCCAGCGGAGGAAAGGCCACGAAAACACACUGUAAGGCAACACAACAAACGUAAUCGCGAAGCUUCAUGAACUGAAGGUAGUACACAUCCUCAUUCAGGUCUCAAUCACCACUCCCCUUUUGCGCAGCUGAUGCUGGCUAUUUAAUGGAGAAUUAAAGGGGAAGCGCCCUAUUAGAAGGAGAAGCCUUGAGACGGUUCAGAAAUAUUCAGGGCCGUCACAACAUGUAUGGCCUGUCUUGCCUGGAUGAGAACUACUCCCACCAGAACAGGAAGAAGAUAACAGCCACUCACCAGCUCCUGGGCGACGUGCAUCACGUCUUUGAUGUGCUCAACGGCCUGCAGCUUAAGAUGAGCAUCCUCCGGUGAGUACUACCAAAGUUACUGCAAAUACUUCCUAAAAACGUAGUGUUCCACAAUUUGGGGUGUGACUGGUUCUUGGAUGGUCUAUCUUCAGUGAAUGUGAAUUCGCCCUCACCCCUCUCUCUGUCAUUCUCUACAGGAAGCAGACACACUCUGAUCUGAAGCUGUGGCGCCAGCCCUGGAAGCAGGAGGAGGAGCUGGGUAGGAGCUGUGGCGCCAGCCCUGGAAGCAGGAGGAGGAGCUGGGUAGGAGCUGUGGCGCCAGCCCUGGAAGCAGGAGGAGGAGCUGGGUAGGAGCUGUGGCGCCAGCCCUGGAAGCAGGAGGAGGAGCUGGGUAGGAGCUGUGGCGCCAGCCCUGGAAGCAGGAGGAGGAGCUGGGUAGGAGCUGUGGCGCCAGCCCUGGAAGCAGGAGGAGGAGCUGGGUAGGAGCUGUGGCGCCAGCCCUGGAAGCAGGAGGAGGAGCUGGGUAGGAGCUGUGGCGCCAGCCCUGGAAGCAGGAGGAGGAGGAGGAGCUGGGUAGGAGCUGUAGUAUGUAGGAGGUGGGUGAUGCGCUGAGUGCGACGUCAGUCUCCACCCCCUCUGAGCAGCCCAACAGGGUUCAGAAGACCUUCCAGGACUCGAAAGCUUCCUACAUCAGCAGUGAGCACUGCUACCAGAAGCCGUGGGCGUACUACCCAGCGGCGGAGCAGAGGCUGGUGGUGGAGACACGGGGAGGCUCUGAGCUGGAGGACAGCCUGAGGAGCACAGAGGACCUGCUGGAGCUGGAGCAGAGGCUGGUGGUGGAGACACGGGGAGGCUCUGAGCUGGAGGACAGCCUGAGGAGCACAGAGGACCUGCUGGAGCUCGAGCAGCGCUACGGUGGCCAAUUGCACCCAGACAGAGCCAAGCUCUACCCCAGCUCCCUGCUGCAGGACCGGGCCAAGAUUCACCCCACUGCCUUACAACCAGACAAGGUCCGUACUCCUUCUGGAAGAUGAUUGUGUGUCAGUAGUGAUAUACCAUUCAUCAUAUCCACUAUAUGCAUUAGAAUUGGUGUAAAUUGUGGUGAAUAGACGCUAGCUGAAAACUGAAAUAGCUGGAUUUAUGACAAAUCAUUUUCGAUGUGACUUAGAUGCCAUGUUGUGUUCUGUUUCCAGGGUGUGGACCUGUAUAAGAAGCCAUGUUGUGUUCUGUUUCCAGGGUGUGGACCUGUAUAAGAAGCCAUGUUGUGUUCUGUUUCCAGGGUGUGGACCUGUAUAAGAAGCCAUGUUGUUCUGUUUCCAGGGUGUGGACCUGUAUAAGAAGCCAUGUUGUGUUCUGUUUCCAGGGUGUGGACCUGUAUAAGAAGCCAUGUUGUUCUGUUUCCAGGGUGUGGACCUGUAUAAGAUGCAGUAUGUGGGGAGGGAGGUAGAGACUGAAGAGGCGGAGCCCACCACAGACAUAAAGCCAGACCCAGACAAAGACAGUGUGCUACAUCAGCAGUGGCAGAUCAACCUGUUGGAUCACAUUGAGGCCAUGCAGAACCAAGUCACGCACAGGAUGGACCUCAUCGAGAAGGAGCUGGAUGGUGAGACCUAUACCACACACACUAUUCCAUAAAUGGUAAUAAUUUAGCAGAUGCUCUUAUCCAGAGCGACUUACAGGAUUAAUUAGGGUUAAGUUCCUUGCUCAAAGGCACAUCAACAGAUUUUUCACUUAGUUAGCUCUUGGAUUCGAACCAGCAACCUUUCGGUUACUGGCCCAACGCUCUGAAACGCUAGGCUACCUGCCUCCCAUACCACUGUCAUCAGACCCAACACUCUUAACAGCUAGGCUACCUGCCUCCCAUACCACUGUCAUCAGACCCAACACUCUUAACAGCUAGGCUACCUGCCUCCCAUACACUGUCAUAGACCCAACACUCUUAACACUAGCUACCUGCCGCCCAUACCCUGUCUUUCCAUACCACUGUCAUCAGACCCAACACUCUUAACAGCUAGGCUACCUGCCUCCCAUACCACUGUCAUCAGACCCAACACUCUUAACAGCUAGGCUACCUGCCUCCCAUACCACUGUCAUCAGACCCAACACUCUUAACAGCUAGGCUACCUGCCUCCCAUACCACUGUCUGUUCCAUACCACUGUCAUCAGACCCUAUGUGGCACAGAGAUGAUUCAUUAUAGAGAUACAUUUAAAUGAUCCAGUCGAAGGAUUUUUACAUGGAUGUAAGUUUUAUGGAAAUCUUAUUUAUUCUUGCCAUGUCUUCCUUGCUCUUUCUGUCUCUCCUCCUGCUCCUGAUCCUCCUGUCCCUCCUUCUUCUCCUGCCCCUCCUGCUCCUUCUCCUGCCCCUCCUGCUCCUUCUCCUGCUCCUCCUUCUCCUUUCCCUCGCGCUCCUCCUCCUCCUGCUCCCCCUUUUCCUCCUCCUGCCCCUCCUCCUGCUCCUCCUGCUCCAGCUUCCCCUGCGCCUCCUCCUCCUCCUCCUUCUCCUCCUCCUGCUGCUCCUCCUCCUGCUCCUGCUUCCCCUGCGCCUCCUUCUCCUGCUACUCCUCCUUCUCCUUCUCCUGCUCUACCUCCUCCUAUCCCUCUGCAGUGUUGGAGAGUAGGCUGGACUACACAGGGGAACUGGAACCUCCUGACCCGUUGACCCGGUUGCCUCAGCUCAAACACUGCAUCAGACAGAUGGUCACAGACCUGGACACUGUGCAGCAGAUGUCCCUCUGCUUCUCCAACACAUGA